GUCCCUGCUCGGCUGAGGGCGUGGGGCUCUGGGGCGAGGGGCGGCACCUCGUUCGCCCCCACCGCGUCUGCCGUGCGCACGAGCCAGCCUCACAGGGUCCCGGCCCGAGUCCCCAUCCCGCGGGUGUCUUCCGGCCCACAUCCGCCGUGGCUGGGCGUGACGGCCUCUGUGCCUGGAAACCGACUUGCUGAGUCAUUCGCUGCAGUUUCACCAGGGCAGCUGGUUGACUCCGAAUCCAUUACGUUAAAAAUGUUCAUUCAACCCUGCUGUGUCCUUGAGGACACGUGCCGGCGGCAGGACUUCAACCCCAGCGAAUACGAUCUGAAGUUUCAGAGGAACGUGCUUGACCUCACUCUGCCGUGGAGGUUCGCCAACCUGCCCAAUAACGCCAAGCUGGAGAUGGUGCCCGCAUCCCGCAGCCGCGAGGGGCCCGGGAACACGGUCCGCAUCGCCCUGCAGCUGGAUGACGGCUCCAGGCUGCAAGACACCUUCUGCUGUGGCCAGACGCUCUGGGAGCUUCUCAGUCAUUUCGCACAGACCAGGGAGUGCCUGGAGCAGCCGUGCGAGGCCAGCCCGGUGUGCGUGUACAUGAGGGAUGAGGUGACCGGCAGAGCCGCCUUGCAGAGCACGACGCUGCAGUCGCUGGGCCUCACUGGGGGCAGCGCCAUCAUCAGAGUUGCCACGAGGCGAUGUGACUCAGCCGCGCAGCAGGAGCCUGGGGCCUCCUGGAGCAAAAACCCAGGGAGCCCGGCCCCCUCAUUGCCGGCGGAGCCGGCCGCUGGCUGCCCUCUGCUCCCACUGAGCUCCUCGGGGCUCAGCCAGGGCGAUGUGAGCCGACAGCAUGGAGCGGGCCCCUCGGGGGCCGGCCGCGUGGAUGGCCUGGGCCCGGAGCCUGCAGACGCCCGGGCAGAGCCGAUCUCAAAGGAGCCCAGGCCUGCCCCCUUUGUGCCUUUCUCUGGGGGCGGGCAGCGCCUGGGGGGCCCCUCUGGGUCUGCGAGGUGCCUGGUGUCACCUUCCGCCAAACUGCCAAAGUCCUUCUCCAGCCCCGGAGGCCCCUCUGAGCCAAAGAAGUCGAGGCCUGGCCAGGAGCCCCAGCCGGAACCAGAGCCAGAGCCGCCGGUGGACCGGGACCCCGUGGUGUGCCACCCUGACCUGGAGGAGCUGCUCCAGGCCUGGCCUGCGGAGCUGCCCGACGAAUUCUUCGAGGUCACUGUGGACGACGUGAGAAGACGCUUGGCCCAGCUCAAGAGUGAACGAUGUGGGACCUUCGCCGACUCCUUCCGCAGAAAGCGCCUGGAAGAAGCCCCGUUGGUGACCAAGGCCUUCAGGGAGGCUCAGAUGAAGGAGAAACUGGAGCGGUACCCGAAGGUGGUGCUGAGGGUCCUCUUCCCUGACCGCCACAUCCUGCAGGGCUUCUUCCGCCCCCGUGAGACAGUGGGGGACCUGCGGGACUUCGUGAGGAGCCACUUGAGGAACCCCGAGCUGCCGUUCUACCUGUUCAUCACUCCUCCCAAAACCGUCCUGGAGGACCACACGCUGACCCUCUUCCAGGCAAACCUGUUCCCUGCAGCCCUCGUGCACUUCGGAGCUGAGCAGCCAACAGGCCUCUACCUGGAGCCCAGGGUGCUGGAACACACUGUGUCCCCAUCUGCGGCUGAUGCGCUGGUGGCCAGAUCUCUGCCUUCUGUCCCCAGGUGCAUGUCUAGAGCUGCCACGACCCCGACCCUGCUGCCAGCCCCUGACUUGGCGCCCCUUGAGUCUGAGCCAACGGAAGAGGGCCCAGUGGGGCCUCUUGAGCCCAGCCCGGGAGUGGCCCAGCCCAUGAGGAGGGAUCUGGGCAAGGUGCCCAAGUGGCUGAAGCUGCCAGCCGGCAAGAGGUGAGAGCCACCAGCCCGCGGGGUCCACUCUGGCCCUGACAGUCCCCGCUGCAGUGGGAAUAAAGACUCGAACUGCUCCUGA